GACGGAAGAACCGAAGAAGACAGAACUCAGAUACGCCGCCGCCGCCGGACGCACCGCCGGACGCCGACCCUCAAGCUCCAGCGUCCAGGGGAUAGCCAAAUGAUGUAUUGGCGGUAAUAGCUAUCGAGAAUGAAAUCUUAGAGAGCACAGACUGUGAAGAUGUGAUCAACCAAUUUGCUCUCAAGAUUGCAAGGAGAACUUCUCGAAUCCUUGGCUAGCUUUUACAGUCGAUGAAUCCUCAGACCGGCCCUGUGUUAAACCCAUAGAUUCCUGUCAAAUUUGGAUUUCAAAUUUGGAUUUCCCACCAACAUGUGGAGACAUACGGCAAGCAAGUCUUUCAUAUCUCUGCUCCCUCUAUGCCGCCGGCGACUCCUCCACCGAACAUCAACCACAGCUACCACCGUCUCCCCUUCCAAAUCAACCCCUCCCAACCCAACCACAGCCGUCGACGAAGCCAAAAUCCUCCGAGUCUCCACGAUUCUCUACCAGCAACAACACUCCGGCGAGAGACUCCACAACAGCCUUCGCAAGACGCCCUUCGAACUCACCCACGAGUUAUUCCUCCAGGUCUGCAACAGGUUCCCCUACUCAUGGAGACCCGUUUACAAGCUUCACGAGUUUGCCAUGACCCGACCCGAAUUCUCGCACACACCCGUUACCCUCAACAGGGUGCUCGAUAUAAUAGGGAAGUCGAGGAACAUUGACCUCUUCUGGGAAUUCCUCCAGGAGAUCGGAAGCCGCCGCUCAGUAACCCCGAAAACGUAUGUGAUCGCGUUGAAAACCCUAGCUUUGGCUAGAGAAUUGAAGAAAUGCGUUGAAGUUUUUCACAUGAUGAACCGGUUCGGGUACGGGUAUAGUGUGGAUUCUUUGAACAAGGCAGUGGAGGCUCUGUGCAGGGGUAAGCUAGUGGCGGAAGCUAAGCAUGUGGUGAUGAAGUUGAAAGAUUGGAUAGAACCCAAUGUGGUGACUUAUAGAUGGCUAAUCUAUGGCUUUUGCGAUGUGGGUGAUACAAUUGAGGCAUCCAAGAUCUGGAAUGUAAUGAUUGAUGCAGGUUUUGAGGCAGAUAUCGAGUCAAUCGAGGCGAUGAUGGAGCGGCUGUUCAAGAACAACGAAUAUGGGCAGGCAUUGAAGCUUCUACAGUCCAUGAGAACAAGCAGGAUGGAUGAUUUGGGGUUGCCUACUUACAGGCUUGUGAUCAAUUGGCUGUGCAAGAAAGGCAAGAUUGAGGAGAGCUAUGUGUUGGUUGAGGAAAUGCUCAAGAGAGGGAUUGAGCUGGACAAUUCAACAUCAGCUUCAAUAAUCUACGGGCUCCUUUGCAAACGAAGGGUGAUGGAGGCUUAUCGGGUGCUGGGUGGGAUCGAGAAGCCAGAUAUAGCAGUGUUUCAUGGGAUGAUCAAAGGGCUGCUGAGGCUGAAAAGGCCAGGUGAAGCAACACAUGUGUUUAGGGAGAUGAUUGCUAGAGGUUGCGAGCCUAUAAUGCACACUUACAUUAUGUUGUUGCAGGGUCACUUGGGGAAGAGAGGGAGGAAAGAGCGGGACCCAAUAGUUAACUUUGACACCAUUUUUGUGGGAGGUUUGGUUAAGGCAGGGAAGAUGUUGGAGGCGACGAAAUAUGCAGAGAGACUGACGUUCCAGAAGGUUGAGGUUCCGAGGUUUGAUUACAACAAGUUUUUGCACUGCUACUCGAAUGAGGAAGGGGAGGUUAUGUUUGAGGCGAUGGCCAAGAAACUGAGAGAGGUCGGUUCCAUUGAUUUAGCCGAUAUAUUUCAAAGGUAUGGAGAGAAAAUGGCAACCCGAGAAAAGAGAAGGAUCAGACCUGUUGAAUCAUUAAUACAGUCCGAAGAUGGGGCAGUCUGAAGAAAGAAGUCAUAGGAUGGCUCUCUGGGAAGAUAAGAAACAGAACUGGUUUUGGAUCCCAUGUUUACAAAAUGAAGGUAUUUAAAUUGGCAGAUACUUCCAGACUGGAAGCUUUGCACUCUUUAAGUUUGCACCUUAGUCUUAGGCAUUUAUAUUAUGAAUUGUUUUGUGUAUCUUAGAAUAUGGCAAAAAAAAAAAAACCCCGACCUUAGCGACGCACAAGAAAGUCCAUUCUUUAUGAUAUGCAUGAAUCAUGAUUGAUCAGAGAUAUAAUUUCAAAACCAGUAACGUGCGAUAAUUUGAAAGGGUAGAUGAAUUUGAAGGAAUAAGGGAUGGGGAUGGGCUCUCUUGAAAGCUCUUUAAUUUUAUAGCUUCAUGUGUAUGGUCUAUGGCUUGCACCAAUUAGCCUCCUCAUCCUUGCACUAUAUAAGCAUUGUUAUGGCUUUUCUCACCCUUCAUCAUCAUCCAUCCUUUAAGUAUGGCUGCUAAACAUCAACUCAUUUUUCUCUGUCUUUCUUUGUCUAUAUUUCUCUUCAUGAUCGCCUCCCAAGUUGCUGCUGCUAGCCCGGAACAAGCUGACACCGCACCUUCACAGCCCGAUUCAGCAAAGGAAGCGGGCGAUGAUAAGAAUAAGAAUGAGGGUGAUGAGAAGUGUGUGGACAAUGGAUUUGCCGGCGUUGGAGUUAGGUACGGAAGUCACCCCGGGGUGGGAGGUGGGGCCCGCCUUCCGGACACGUACGGAGGAAGGGUGUGUGCAUGGGGUUGCUGCCACCGGAUCCGCCGAAUCCACGGAGGAGGAUGCCUAAGGUGUUGUCACUACAAGGGUGAGGCAAUGGAUGAUGCCACUGCUCAACCAAAUACCCAUGGCUAAAAUAGUCUAAUACCCCUUUUACCCACAGCCACAAUAUGUUCAAUCCAAAGCCAGGCAUAUCUAUAAAUAUACAUGUAAUUAUAAAUUAUGGUUAUGCCAAACCACAGCAGCAACCCUUAUAAUU